GCCGGCGAGAGGGUCCCAAACACUGUCAGUGAGGAGAAAAAAGCGAAGACGCAGCGGCAGGAAUCUACAGGUUAGCAAUGGCUGCUGAAUCUCCUCGCCGCCCGAGCCGAUGUACUGGAGGAGUGGUGGUUCGUCCACAGGCUGUCACGGAGCAGUCCUACAUGGAAAGCGUCGUGACAUUUCUGCAAGAUGUUGUUCCACAGGCAUACAGUGGCACACCCCCAACAGAGGAAAAAGAGAAGAUUGUGUGGAUCAGAUUUGAAAACGCAGACUUGAAUGAUAUGUCAAGAAACAUGGAGUUGCAUGAGAUACACAGCACUGGGAAUGAGCCACCUUUGCUGCUAAUGAUUGGCUACAGUGACGGGAUGCAGAUAUGGAGUAUACCUAUCAGUGGCGAGGCUCAAGAACUCUACUCCGUCCGACACGGUCCUGUCCGAGCUGCUCGAAUCUUGCCAUCGCCACAGAUUAGUCCUCAGAAGUAUGACAGCUUUGCUGAGAAGAGACCUCUCCUUGCCAUGUGUAAAAGCAUUGGAUCUUCUGGUACCAGCCCCCCCUACUGCUGCGUAGACCUCCACUCUUUGCGUACUGGAGAAAUGGUCAAAUCCAUACAGUUCAAAACUCCUAUUUAUGAUCUCCACUGCAACAAAAGGAUCCUUGUUGUCGUCUUGCAGGAAAAAAUUGCUGCCUUUGACAGCUGCACAUUCACCAAAAAGUUCUUUGUUACAAGCUGCUAUCCUUGUCCAGGGCCAAACAUGAAUCCUAUAGCUCUAGGAAGCAGGUGGCUUGCUUAUGCUGAAAACAAGCUGAUCCGGUGCCAUCAGUCCCGUGGUGGGGCCUGUGGAGACAACAUUCAGUCCUACACAGCCACAGUCAUCAGUGCAGCCAAAACAAUAAAAACUGGGCUCACCAUGGUUGGGAAAGUUGUAACACAGCUGACGGGGACUCUUCCAUCAGGAGCAACAGAAGAAGAGAUCUUGGCUCAUAGCAAUACUCGCCGCAGCCCCUUGGUGCCUGGAAUUGUCACUGUUAUUGAUACGGAGACAGUUGGUGAAGGACAGGUGCUCGUGAGUGAGGACUCGGAGAGUGAUGGGAUCGUGGCUCACUUCCCUGCACACGAGAAACCCAUCUGCUGUAUGUCUUUCAACCCUAGCGGCAUGCUUCUGGUCACAACAGACACGCUAGGCCACGAUUUCCAUGUGUUUCAAAUUCUGACCCAUCCCUGGUCGUCUUCCCAAAGUGCCGUCCAUCACUUGUACACGUUACAUCGUGGAGAGACCGAAGCCAAAGUACAAGACAUUUCCUUCAGCCAUGACUGCCGCUGGGUGGUGGUCAGCACUCUCCGGGGCACAUCCCACGUCUUCCCCAUCAACCCGUAUGGAGGGCAGCCCUGUGUCCGCACACACAUGUCGCCGCGGGUGGUGAACCGCAUGAGCCGCUUUCAGAAGAGUGCUGGACUGGAAGAGAUCGAACAGGAGCUGACAUCCAAGCAGGGUGGCCGUUGCAGUCCCGUCCCAGGGCUGUCAAGCAGCCCAUCUGGUUCCCCUCUUCACGGUAAAUUGAACAGUCAAGACACGUACAACAAUUUCACCAACAACAAUCCUGGAAACCCGCGGCUUUCUCCUCUUCCGAGCCUGACUGUGGUGGUACCUCUAGCUCAAAUCAAGCAGCCCAUGACUCUGGGAACCAUCACCAAACGCACGGGACCUUACCUGUUUGGAGCAGGAUGUUUUUCCAUAAAAGCUCCUUGCAAAAGCAAACCAGCACCACAAAUUUCACCCAGCAAAUCUCUGGGCGGAGAGUUCUGCGUUGCUGCGGUCUUUGGGUCCUCGAGAUCUUGGUUUGCAAGCAACCCAAGUCUGAAAAGAGAAAAAGAGCAGUCCAAACAGUUUGUAGUGGAGUCCUUGUAUAUCAUCAGCUGCUAUGGCACUUUGGUGGAGCAUGUCUUGGAACCCCGACCGCUCAGCACUGCCCCAAAGAUCAACGACGACACCCCACUGGAGAUGGUCACUUGUCCAAGGGCCAGUUGGACGUUGGUUAGAACUCCCCUGUGGAAUGAACUGCAGCCGCCCUUCAAUGCCAAUCAUCCACUGCUCCUGGCUGUGGAUGCAGUGCAGUGCUACCAGUAUCUCCUCGUGGGCCUGGUUCCACCAGGAAGUCCGGGCCCCAUCACUCGGCAUGAAUCCUACGACAGCUUAGCGUCUGACCACAGUGGACAGGAAGAUGAAGAGUGGCUUUCUCAGGUUGAAAUUGUGACUCACACCGGACCUCACAGGCGCCUGUGGAUGGGCCCCCAGUUCCAGUUCAAAACAAUUCACCCCUCUGGCCAAACGACAGUCAUUUCAUCCAGUUCUUCGGUGCUCCAGUCUCAUGGCCCCAACGAUACCCCACAGCCUCUCCUGGACUUCGAUACGGAUGAUCUGGAUCUAAACAGUCUCAGGAUCCAACCUGUCCGUUCCGAACCUGUUACCAUGCCAGGAUCAUCCCGCCCAACUUCAGACCGCAGAGGAAUUUCUACAGUAACUGACGCUACCUCAGGUGCCUUCGAUCGAAGCAUGACCCUGCUGGAGGUCUGUGGGAGUUGGCCCGAGAGCUUCGGUCUCCGCCACAUGUCUUCCAUUGAACACACGGAAGAGGGCCUUCGGGAACGGCUGGCCGACGCCAUGUCUGAGUCGCCCAGUAGGGACAUAGUGGGAUCUGGAACAGAGCUACAGCGAGAAGGAAGCAUAGAGACUCUCAGCAACAGCUCGGGUUCCACCAGCGGAAGCAUUCCACGCACCUUUGAUGGCUACCGAUCACCUCUUCCGACUAACGAGAGCCAGCCGUUGAGUCUGUUCCCUACAGGCUUUCCAUAAACAAGUUCCACCAGUCAAGGAGAAAGAAAGAAAUCAUGUUGGCUGACGACCCGAUGCUCCAUAAAAUCUCUCGAUCUGCAUUUCACCCAAAGGUUGGCUCCAACAUUGGAUGGUUCUUGUUACCCUAAUAAACAUGGACAACUAGGCUGCUUAAAUCCCUUCUGGAACUGUGCGAACAAAAUACCAAAUUUGCUGCAGCGUGCAAUAGGAAUAAGGAGCCCUUUCCUCUUUAAUCCUAAUGGCUCUCUUGCUCUCUUUUCCAUCCCUUAAAUAUUGGGAAAAGGCUGUUUUAAGGAAGUGUUUUAAACAAUUUUUGCUCUCUUAACCAUAGCCUGUUUUCCCCCACAGUGAGCAGAGACCUGCUUUUGAAACCUGAGUAUCAUUGCUAAUUUUUUUGUAAUGGUUAGAGCUGCUACUCGCCUUUGGGAAUAUGCAUAAUGUUUCUGGAGAACUGAGCCUAUAAGCAAGGCCUUUGGCAUGUAAGUCUUUUUUUGGAGGGGGGGGGGAAUCCCAAACAUUGACUAGUGACUUUGUGGGGUAAAAAACUUCAAGGAUUAUUUCCAAACUGGACAGUGAUUUGUUUGCAACCUCAUUGAUCAGAAUUCUCCGUCCUCCUUAUUCCCCACAGAUACUUGGUUGUUGCCAAGAGUAUUACAGGCAAGGGCUGUUUCUUUUUCAGCUUUGGGAAGAAUGAUUUUUGAUGGUUCCAUGUAUUUUAGAAAUGUCCUUUAUUUCUAAAGGUGAUCACGAAUCUCUCUCAGAUGUGCAUUUGGAAUUCAUCUCUUUCCCAAAAUGCAUGUAUUCUCAAAUAAAUGUCUAUGGUGAAAUCCUC